AUGAAUAAGAAGGGGCAAUUUGAAGGCGAUGAUUUGAAAAUGGCAAUAGAAAAGAUUGAUGAUUAUGUGCAACAAAAACGGGAGGGUAAGUUGCACUUAGAAGAGGCAAACACGGAUAUCCUUUCAAAAGCACUUUCAUCUGAGGAGCAUUCUGGGCGUGUGAGGGGUGUUGGAGGAUAUGUCACUCCAACAUUCUAUUUUAAUGUUGGCAGCAUAGUGCAGAAACACCUUGUUGAUGAGCAGUUUAUCCUUCAACAAAAAGAGUUGAUGGAGGCAAAGAUAUUAAUCUCACAACAAAAUGCACGCAUAUCAAAUCAAGAUGAACGCAUACAGAAACUUGAAGCAAUGUUCAGAAAGGGUGCAUGCGACUUAGAUACGGAUGAAAAAGGUAGUUGCUCAGUAAAGUUGCAUCCCAUGAGUGACGAAAAUAUCAAAAUUGAAAAGUGUGUCCCAAAUAUUGAAACUUUGGAUGAUGAUGACAUGCAAAUUUUGAACAAUGAUGAUUUCUUCCAGGGUAAACCGGUUGCAUUGACAUUGGGUUCUAAGAGCAAUAUUGUUGCCUAUGGUACAAUUGUUCAUGUCAAUGCGGUUGGUAAAUUACUUCAUGGUGUUCCAUUACCUAUUAAUUGUAUGCGUGUCUCCAUUGAUAAGACUGUGGAUGAAUUAGCACAAUUGCCAUGUCCAAUUCCAAAUCAAUGUGAUACAAUUGGUGAUGCUAUUGGAACACAUGUGGGAUGGCCGGCUAACUCGGUAGUUAUGCAAGAUGAGAAUCCUCAAAGGAAAAGAAGUGUUGUCCAAAGAAAUAACUCAAUUAUUUCAUCAAGUGUGCCAAGGUCAUUGCAUCUACUGUAUUGUAAUUGUAACCGUGCUCUAAAUGAUGAAACAAAUAUAUCAAUGAUUUGUGAGGAGGGUUUCUUUGACGAUCAAUAUGAAAUCCUUGUGCACCUUGAAGAUAUCAUUCCUUUUUAUCAUUUGGAUCCCAUAACUGCAAAUUGUAUAGUAAUUUACAUGUGGCAUCUUUAUAAAAAGCUGAAAACAUAUAACAAUGUCCACAAAAUCAGAUUUGUUAAUCCACACAUUAUCCCAUAUGUGGCAUGUGUGACUCGACUGGACAAAAACAGCAAAUUCGAGCAGUUGAAUGAAAGAGCUAGUGUUUUGGCAGAUAAGCUGAGUCAAGCAUCAAGAAAUCAACUUGUUUUGGUGCCACAUAAUGUUGGUUAUCAUUGGAUUCUCACUGUCAUUGAUCCAUAUAAGGAGACAGUUUAUUUGUUGGAUUCGCUUAGUCAUCGCAUUCGUGACGAGGAUUGGAAAUACGUAGUAGAUAUGAGCAUAAGAUUGUUUAAUUCAAACAAGGCAAAAAAAGGGAAAAAACAUGUUACAUGGGAAGUAGUAAAGGGCCCUCGCCAACCAGAUGCGAAACAGUGUGGUUUUUAUGUGAUGAGAUAUAUGAGAGAUAUUAUUGAAGAAUUGGCAACUAUCGAGAGAGAUUCACUUCGAUCAAUAUUCAUCAAACCCCAGUACUCUAGAGAAGAAAUUGAUGAAGUGCGUUCCGAGUGGGCAGAAUGCAUACAAGACUAUAUUUAUGACUAG